CUUAUCUCUUUUGCUCUGUGGAAGAAGAAGCCUUUCUCGGUUUAUCGUUUCCGUCCCAUGGCCGUUCGUCUCCUCCUCUCCUGCUCCCCGAAACCCCCUUCUCGAAUCCAAAACCGUAGUUCAAGCCCUAACACCAGGUUCCCUCUCAGCUUCGAAUCGAGGAGCUUCUCGGAUUGGUGCUUCAUCAGGCGAGGACUAGCCGUCUCCGUUGUUUCCCUGGCCCUCGCAUUGACCAUCGGAAGCUCUCCUCCUGGUGCGCUAUCUGAGGCGCUCCCUCCUUCUUCCCGGAACCCUGUUCUCGCUGGAAUUGCCAACACCAAAUCGUGGUUUCAGUUCUACGGCGACGGGUUCUCGAUCCGUGUCCCACCGCUCUUCGAAGACAUAAUGGAGCCAGAGGAAUUUAGUGCUGGAUUCUCAUUCUAUGGCGACAAGGCAAAACCUAAGACAUUUGCAGCUCGGUUCGCCUCCCCAGACAGAUCGGAAGUUGUAACUGUGGUGAUUCGGCCAACCAAUCAGCUCAAGAUCACAUUCUUAGAGGCAAAAGAUAUUACAGAGUUAGGUACUCUCAAGGAAGCAGCAAAGAUAUUUGUACCUGGUGGUGCAAAUCUGUAUUCUGCUCGUACCAUAAAGAUUAAGGAAGAUGAAAGUCUUAGGACUUAUUACUUCUAUGAGUUCGGCAUCGAUACACAGCGUGUUGCUUUGAUGACUUCUGUAUAUAGUGGAAAGGUAGUUAUUCCUGGCAUACAUAGCUGGUGCAGCUGCUCCAGAAAACAAAUGGGAUGAUGACGGUGUCAAUCUACGUUCCGCAGCUAUAUCCCUGUCGAUUGUGUAAGUUUCUGCAGAACGAUGCAGUUUUUGAAUGCAAGAUAGAGCCAAACGAUGAUUGAUAGGCACAUUGCACCUCGACUAGCAUGUCAGGCCAUGAAGGGAAGCAUGUCAAAUUAGGGAAAUUUUACAUUACAAUUUGACUAGAGAGAAAAGGGGAGAUUUAGUGUUUGUUUCAUCCAAUCUUUGUUAAGCGAUACACAUACCUUGAAAUCUUGUGUUUCUGUAGCUACAAUCGGUUGUCAAAUUUCUUGUAAUAUUAAUAUCCAAGAGAUUAUUGAAUCA